GUGCUAAACGGGCUCAAUAUCGCAAAAAAAGAAAGUUUGAAUUAGGCCGUCAGCCAGCUAACACGAAACUUGGACCAAAACGUAUUCAUGAAGUCCGUGUUCGUGGCGGGAAUAAAAAGUUUCGUGCCCUUCGUCUUGACUCCGGUAACUUUUCUUGGGGAUCAGAAUCUAUUACCAAGAAAACGAGAAUCAUUGCUGUUGUUUAUAACGCUUCAAACAACGAAUUGGUUCGAACCAAUACUCUUGUAAAAGGUGCAAUCAUUCAAAUCGAUGCUACACCCUUUAGGCAAUGGUUUGAAGCGCACUAUGCUCAACCUCUCGGUCGCAGGAAGGCCAAGAAGGAAGGCCAAGCUGAAUCAGAAGAAUUGAGCAAGAAGCGAUCUAACCAUGUUCAACGAAAAAUUGACAGUCGUAAAGAGGAUGCAAAGGUUGACCCCUUAUUGGAUGACCAAUUUACUACUGGCCGCCUUUAUGCCCUCUUACGUUCAAGACCAGGCCAAUGUGGUCGUGCCGAUGGUUAUAUUCUUGAGGGGAAAGAACUCGAAUUUUAUGUGAGAAAAAUCAAAUCGAAGAAAUAA